AUGGAAUUGGUCCUGACUCCUAUGGCCCAGGAAGGUGACAAGGUCCGGAAAGGUGAGGAGUGUGCACCCCACUCUCAGCCUUGGCAGGUGGCCCUCUUUGACAAAGGGCGCUUCAACUGUGGCGCCUCCCUCAUCUCCUCACAGUGGGUACUCUCCGCAGCCCACUGCCAAAGCCGCUCCAUGCGCUUGCGCCUGGGCGAGCACAACCUGCGCAAGCGCGAUGGCCCUGAACAAUUGAGAGCUGUUUCCCGAGUCAUCCCGCAUCCAAAUUAUCAGGCUCGCAGCCACCAACACGACAUCAUGUUGUUGAAGCUGAUGCGGCCAGCACGCCUCACUAGGCAAGUGCACCCUGUGGCCUUACCAAAGCAGUGCCCCCGCCCAGGGGAUGCCUGCGUGGUGUCUGGCUGGGGCCUGGUGUCCAGCGAUGAGCCCGGGAUCACUGGGAGCCCUGAGUCACAAGUGAGUCUCCCAGAUACGUUGCAUUGUGCCAACAUCAGCAUUAUCUCCACUGCAUCUUGUAACAAGGAUUACCCUGGACGUCUGAUGAAAAACUCAAUGGUGUGUGCAGGUGUGGAGGGCGGAGGCACCGACUCCUGUGAGGGUGAUUCUGGAGGACCCCUAGUCUGUGGGGGAUUCCUGCAGGGCAUUGUGUCCUGGGGUGAUGUGCCUUGUGACACCACCAGCAAGCCCGGUGUCUAUACCAAAGCCUGCAACUACCUGGAGUGGAUCAGAGAAACCAUGAGAAGAAACUGA